AUGGACCUCCGGUCGUUCCUCCUCUGCUGGCUGCUGAUUGUGCCCGCCAUCGCGGACACAACCAUCGCUUCUCUCUUCGAGGUCAACCUGGAUAACGACGCCAACGCCGGCUGUAAAUCGCGGGCUAAAACGCUGGAAACAUGGCUAUCUGAAAGCAAGGCCUUGGUAGAGGCCGGCCUGAAGGUGUUUAGCCACGCAGAAAGUGAAUCAAAUGACGAGUAUUCCGUUGCCGUACGGUAUCUCAAAACAUACUUCAACUUAACCCCGGGGGGCUCCGGAACGUCUCUUGUCAAGGGCGAGUUCGCCAUUGACCCGCCACUCGACAGUCUUCGAUCCGACUGCUGA